AUGAUACGAGCUGUUGAAAGAAUGCGGCUGGGUCUCGUUAAGAAGAAUGCAAUUCGGACCGACUAUCGGCGGGCCGGGAUGGCAGCAGAGACCUGCGGAAGCCACGGGGCAAAGUAUCAACUUGUCGAUCCAAUGGACGGAAGCUGGGUGUCGGGAGCAAGCAAUUGCAUAUUGCGGAGGGUGCCACAACCGUCAGAAUGUGAAGGGCGAGACUCCCCAACGGCCGGCGUCCAGGGCCUGUGUGGAUUGCUUUGUUUGGUGGAGAGGGAGAGACACGAUGAUUGCGGAGUUGAGACAAAAUGUUCCACAUCGAUGAAAGCUGGGGGCGAUGGCGGCGUAAAUACUAGAAGAAGCAAAGCACUGGAUGUAUUGGGGAAGCUGGAUGCAAUCCGUAAAUACUCCUGCCGGUCGUUUGGUGACGGCUGGUGGUGCAAACGGCAGCCAACUGGUCCAUUUGCUGUCCUCACAGUCGUCAUUGGAAUCACCAUCACUUGCCUGCCCGAAUACCACGACAUUCCACACCGCGAUCUCAAGCCCCAGGCCGCCCGCUCUUUCACCAUCGCUCAAGCUGGUCCUCCAAUACUAGCUCGCAGUUCUCAAACUACCCUGUCGUGGCUUUUGCGGUGUCACGGGAUGCAUGGGACUAUUAGAGGACAGCGGUGCAUCCUAUGCCUGCAGCGUCCUGCCUUCAUACCUACCUACCUAGGCUCUGAUGGCUAUUAUUUCAACAGCGACACUCCCCGACCCGAGGUCAGCCUCUCAUUCAUGCCUUUCCAUACAACAAUGUCCGCCGUCCUGCCUGCUGCAGCCUCAUUUGCCCAAGCCCUACACGCCCUACACCAUGCCCACGAUCCGAGAGCUGCCAUUGCCCCCCCACAGCCUGGUGCUCUUGCGGCUGGUGCAGACACCUCCUCCUUGUCGCCAACUGAUGCUGCUGCGCUGGGCCCGAGACCAGGCAAGCGACCUGCUGCCCGUGGCACCUCCUUCUAUCCCCGAAAACGGGCAAAUACAGCUUGCCAAGUCUGCCGUGCGCGCAAAACAAAAUGCGACAACUCAAAACCCAGUUGCUCAUAUUGUCUGAGUGUUGGCGCCACAUGCAUUCAGUCACCUGCGGACCUGUCGAGCUUUGAUCCGGCUAGCCUCAAGAUUUUAGAUCGAUUAGAUGAUCUAGAAAGACUUUUCCGCGAAAGUGCAACUUCUACAACAGCCAGCAACCUCAACAGUGUGGACCCAGCUUCGAAUGCGUGGCAUCCCCCUGAUAUUACGAGACGCAUGAGCUCCAACAGCCACGGCCGCCCAAAAGAGAUUGAACCAUUCACUAAAGGAGAUGGGCCAGGACUGGGCAGCAUUCUACCACUUCGCGUGGAUCACGUUCUUCAGUGGCCUCUGUUCAACGAGCAGGGACAGCAUGAGCCACUCUAUCGCCUUCCUCCAGCCGCCAUUUCUACCCCAUCUGCAGCACCAUCCGCGCUGGCAGGGCUAGUAGACAUGGAGUCUUACAAUAUUUAUCAACUCUUGGACAGAUUCUUCCUAUAUAUUCACUGCAAGAACCCCAUCCUUGAUGAAACAUCGACAAGGCGCCUUGUUGGCAAUGCGUUUCUCAACGGUAUUGAUUGGUCCCCAGCGUCGUGCUUGGCCAUGGUCAUUUGCGCGCUCGGGAGCGUUGCUACGCCAUUUGGUAACAGUCAUGAGGUUAAGCCCGGAUCACAGGCGUACCAAGACUCGCAAGUCUUUUUUCAUGCGGCGCAAAAACGAAUUGGCAUCAUGCUGAUGAGCUCCGAUCUCGUCGGUGCGCAAUGCCUUUUCCUGUCCGGCGUCUAUAUGAUGAUGGGCGCAGUACAUGUCCGGAGGCUCGGAAUCUUCUCUCGAUUCGAUGGAGAUGGAUCGUCAAGACACCCAGGAGCAGGCGGUAUACUGGUCAGCAUGGAAUCGGAGCGGGAGCUCCGAAAUGAACUUGACCUACCAGACUUUGACAUUGUUCACUCAGGAAGCACGCUCUAUCCACCAUUCUUCCCAGCGCCGCCAAUCCCACCCGCGGAAUCCCCUGAGGGCCCCGAUCCGGAGACACAACGGGCUAAAGGCGCUUGGUUAUUUUACCUGGCAGAGAUAUCGUUACGAAGGCUGACUAGCCGCCUUUGUAGUGAAGUCACCAAACUUCGUCAAAAAAUACCCACCAACGCGAGAUUUCUGGAGGUACUAGGCGAAAUGAUUACCGAGUACGAGGGCCAGGCACGCGCAUGGUCUGACAAUCUCCCGACGGAGCUCUCUAUACAAACACCUGUGGCAGAGGACGGUAUCUCCCGGUCGGUCCUCCGGGGACGACUAAUCAAUUUAUACGAAAUGUUUUAUUGGCCUUUUGUCAUGGCCAGAUUAAACGCCGCGGCUUCUGGUGUUUCCGUGAGCGACUCAGUUUCUCAUUUUUCACGUACCGGCUUGGAGAUGCAUGUUCACCAAGUGCAUGUCAAUGAGCCAGGAUUCUUCCACCGACACCACGGGUCACUAUUUAUGAUUCGAGCCUGCACCAGAAGCGCGUUGGUUCUCGUCGCUGCCGCAAAAUCUGGAAUAUGCAUGCCCGCCAACUGGCAGCAGUCUGUUUAUAACGUGGCUGGGAUGCUCGGAUAUUGGGAAGAUGAGGAUUCUGAUUUGAUACAAUGGAGAACGACUCUGGAAAAGGAAUUGGCCUCCAUUUUACGACGAUGA